AUGGAGGUCGGAAGUAAAAUCGCCUCUUUUUUCUUCACUGAAUUUCCGGAUGAUCACGAGGCUAGAGAGAUGUUUGAUAUCUUCAAAGAGUAUGACCUAGUUUUGGAGGUGAUAAUACCAUCAAGGAGAGAUAAGAGGGGGAAAAUAUUUGGUUUUGUUCGCUUCAGAAACAUUGAGGAUAGUAGGAUGAUGGCAAUUAAACUAGAUAAAAUCAUGAUCAAUGGUAGGAAAAUAUAUGCUAAUAUACCAUGGUUUCAAAGGAGAAAUGCAUGA